GGCGGCGACGAGAACGACGUGUGUGCGCGCGGCCACGACGGCAACGGCGACGGCGACGUACGACGUACGACGUGUAGCACCCCCGCGGCCGGCGCGGCCUUAUGAUUAUAUCAUAAAAUACGGUGCUCUUCAACUGACAACUGGCUACAAAUUACUUCUAGCCGAUUUUAAGAAAUUAUAUCCUGAUUACGAUACGCGAAUGUGGAGUAAAUGGACGGAGUUUGCAAGAAAAGCAUCAUUACUAUUGUCUUUGGAAGAUAAUUGUCACUUAAAUCUUUUCUUAAAAUUGGGACAUCUCUUUAGUCCAGUUCCUGUACCACUAACAAAUGGAAAGAGAUGGAAACCUACUACCCAGGAAAUGAUAAAUGGAUUCAUUCUUCAUGUGAAGGUAAUGAAUGAUUUGGUGCCAAAUGUAGAACGAAUUAGAAGCAGAGCUCAACACAUGAAAACCAAAAUUCAACCACUUGUUAUCGCUGUCGGACCUACUGUAUCACUGUGCAAGGAUUUUUAUGUAGUAAUUGAUAAGAACUAUUAUAGAUUUGAUAACAUUCGCACGGCAGUGGAUGUAUGUUUUAAAUGCGUACAUGCUUUGCAUGCCGAAUAUUCUCCUCAGAGUGAGGCUAUCUGGUAUUUUUUGCAAUUGGCAUUGUAUGACUUACGUACACAGUGGGACAAAACAAUACCUCAAGUGAGUAAGCAAUUAAAAUGUUUAUCCGAAAAAUAAUGUUUUUUAACUUGUUUUCUUUUGUAACAAGGUAAUAUUAUAAGUUUAAUAUUACAAAUUUUGGAAAAAUUUAUUAUUUUAUUUUUAUGGCUUUCUUGAUAUAUAACAUAUACUCUAUAUAAAUGACUUGAGUUGUCUCGUGAGAGAAUUAUUAUAUUUUAUUUACUAGUUUAUUUUAUUUAGUAUUCUUCGACAGUUUGUAAAGAAGCAGUUAUAGUUCCUUUUUCUUUAAUUUGGUUAAUGCAAGUUUUAAUUUUAAUACAUGGUCAUUGUGAUGAAUGUUAUCAUGUCUCGCUGUAUUAUAAAAGAUUGUAAGCAUGAUCCAUUUCCGUCCGUUAAAGCACUCUAUCUUCAUAUUCAAAUGAGUCAUCGAUGGCAUGUAAAUAAAAAAAUUAUGUGUCAAGAAGAAAAAUGUUGUAGAGAUUUUAAAGGAUGGCGUGCCUUUCGUAGACACUUGAUUUCAUUUCAUAAAGUUCCCGCCAUAUCACAUUCUACUAACAGAUCUGAAACAAAUCUAGAUAUUGAUUGUGGUAGCAUGCCUCAUGAUCAAGAUAUGAAGAUAGUCGCUGUAGCUGAUUGUCAGAAUGCGAUCAAUAGUGAUAAUUCCGAAAACGAUGAAAAUAUUUUGAUUACGGUACAAGACUUUGCUUUGUAUUUUAUAACUAAGCUUUAUGCCACUCCAAGUCUUCCACGUAGUAUUGUUCAAAACAUAGUGGAUGAAACCCAUGAUCUUCUCAAUAACAUUUCGUCACUUUUAAUACCUUCAAUUAGAAACAAUUUGGAAAAUGUGAUCUUGAGUGAAGAUGUAUUGACUGCGAUAGAGAAAGGAUUGGAAAUUCUUAAAGAACCUUUUAGAAAUAUGGAAACAGAAUACCAAAGACUGCAAAAAAUGAAGAACAGUGGACAUUAUAUAGAGGCAAUAGAUUAUAUAGUUGGAAGUCGCUUUGAUGAGAAGCUCAUUCAAGGUCAUAUUACAAAAGAUACGUGCGAUGUUAAAGCUAAGUUUAUACCUAUAAGGAAAGUUAUGC